AUGGUCAUAGCAUUGAAAAUGCAUUGGUGUCUUCUCUCACUUCUUCUGCACUUGCUGUAUUUUCACAACGCCGUCGCUUCUCCACUAACGGGCUGUGAGAAAAACAGCACACGAUGUUUUCAAGUCUUCAAAGUGUCCCUGUCCACGUUACAAGAGGAAGAUAUCAGCAAGAACCUGAAACCGGUCAAAAAGUAUGGAAACAAUGUGUUCGCACCACGUGGCAACUCUCCGAGGUUGACUGAAAAAGUCAUCGAAAGCAUGCCCGCGAACGCAGACCCUCGCGUUAAGGAGAACAUCCUCAAUAACAAUUAUUUCCUGAAAAGAGUGGAUGCAGACGAUGGAUCGAUCUUCACAGAGGACCUCAGCGAUCUCUUACCUCAGAACCUUCAGCAAAUGCAAGCCACCACUUCCGCCUCUAUGGAUGAACCACUACCUGUCUAUCUGAUUAUUCUUCUAAUAGUUGUGGGGAUUCUAGUCGGAAUUCUCGGAACUUGUUCAGUUCUCGUUUUCGUUGAUUACAAGAAUAAUCCGAAAUUUGAUAUGUCUGGGGUAGUGACAUACACACGUCGACGAAACUUUGAGAAGCUUUACGUGGACCCAAAACAAAGAGAGAGGUUGGAAAGGCAAAGAAGGCAGAACGCUCCACUGCGAACACCUUUGCCUGUACCUGGACGAGUAUCGCGUACGAGCCGAGAGAGUGAACUGUUGCGAUCUUCUCGUGAAGCCACAGAAAGUCUUAAGAUGGAACGUAAAAAUUCGUAUUAA